UCAUUUGGGAAAAGUCGGGGAAUUGGGAAGUUAACCCUGUUCAAGAACUUUAAGCUGUGCAUAGCAUGUACUACGUAAGUUUGAUAUUGUUCAUGGAACACUGAGAUGUAUUAUUGAUUGAUUGAUUGAUUGAUUGAUUGAUUGAUUGAUUGAUUGAUUGAUUGAUUGAUUGAUUGAUUGGCCAGACACUUUUUUUGUAAGAUAUUAAUGACGCUAUGUUCUCUUGGCUACUUACAGGCAAUAUACAAAGUGAUAAUCAGUGAACAUUUAGAGAUUCUGUGCAUUUCUUACAAGAAAACACUAGUUAUUUAAACUCAUGUUUCACAUGAAAACUAUAAAAAAUAAAAAAAUUAUUGUGAAAUUCUAUGAAUAAAAGUAGAGUGUUUUUAGCGAGAGGACUGUGUUAUUAUUUUAGGUUUUUAUAAACAGUUGAUAUAAUGGCUAGUAAAACACUAAACAUGUUUUCAUCUUUUCAAGAAUUUUUCGACAAAGAGCAACAGAUUAGGGAGGAAAUUAAAACUAUUGUUCGUGAAUUGGAACAAAAAGCUAGGGAAAUGUUAGCAAUCAUUCAAACCGUCCAUCAUAAUGCCAGCAAGGAUAAUAUUAUUUUAGUUUGUCAGAAUGUUCGUGGGAAACUUCCUGAUGUUAUUCAACAUCUUGCAUUGCUUGGGGAAAAAGUACCAGCUGGACAAUAUUACAGGUUUCAUGAUCACUGGAAAUUUGUUUUGCAAAAACUGGUCUUCUUAGUGUGUUUAAUAACUUAUCUUGAAAGGGAGGAAUUGAUGCCCCGUACCGAGGCUGCUACUCUGUUAAAAGUGCACCUGAGAUGGGAGGAUGGUUUCCACUUGGACUUAGAUGACUAUCUAAUUGGUGUGUUGCAGUUAGCAAGUGAAUUGUCUCGAAUGUGUGUCAACACCGUGAUUGCUGGCGACUACGAGCGACCCAUCCGGAUUGCUAGCUUUAUCUCAGAGCUUGACGCCGCUUUUCGUUUGUUGAACUUAAAGAAUGACGCUUUGAGAAAGCGCUUUGAUUCGUUGAAAUACGACUUGAAGAAAGCUGAAGAGGUUGUGUAUGACUUGUCUAUAAGAGGUCUGAAACCCAAAUCGACCACGUGAUCCGUUUCGUCAUUAAAAAAGGCGCGGCAAAGAUAUUUUGAACUUAGAUGGAAUUGAACAAUUGCAAUCAACGGCAAAGGACAAAAAUUUUCCGGACAUAUUUAACCAUUGACGUAAAUGAUUGUUUUUGAGUAGUCCGCAGCUUUUUCCCAGCAGACAAAAUAACUCAUCGAUUUUUCGGCAACAAUAAUUAUGUUUUAAUAUCGGAAGAAUAGAAUUUGUAUUAAUAUAUGAACAAGCUAUGAAAGAAAUAAAAAAGUUUAACGCUGGAAAGAAAGGA